GUGCCAAGUUAUCAAAGUGUAUGUGGGCCAAUCGACAAGAAAAAGCCAAAAAUUUGCAAACAUUUCUACAACAAUUUGCAGACAAAUGAAGACAAUGGCAAAUUUUGGCAAUGUUUGUCAAGCGCUGUUCAAAUAUAGAGCGAAACUCUUUCUUGCGAACGUACUUAUUUCUUAGGAUAGAUCAGUACUAUAAAUAGUGAAACAAGAAUUGUGAAAUAUUAUCAGCAAUCAAGCAAUCGAACCAUCAACAUGAAAUAUUCUUGCGUUCUUCUACUCCUGGCAAUUGUUGCUUGUGUCCUGGUCAAGGAAUCGAAUGCAGCAACAGGGACAACAGGUACAGCAACAACAACAACUACAACAACGUCUGGAACAACAACGACAACCACAACAUCAGCUACAUCGACCUCCUCAACCACCGCCAGCUCGGGCACAAGUACCACAACUACCACCACAACCUCAAGUCCCACAAGUUCCAGCUCCACUUCCAGCUCAAGCUCAUCGUCUAAGAAAUGUUGUUGCAAUAAAUGCAAAAAGGGAAAGAAGGGAAGUGAAAAAUUGGCUUUCAAAGCAUCAAUAAAGAAGCCAAAAAAGAAGACUACACGUACCAUUAAGAAGAAGAAGAGCAAGAAAGGAUGCACCAAGAGCAAGUCCGGCAAGUCCGGCAAGUCCGGAAAAUCCAGCAAAUCCAGUAAAUCAAAAAAAUCAAGCAAAUCCAGCAAAAUGUGGUGAGCUUAUGAGCUCAGGAUACAAUGAUCACAGUCAAAGACAAACCCGACUAUGCCAUGGACUACGCGACUAACUUAUACAAUUAUCUUAUAUCACUAGUAUUCAAAAUUUAUUGUUAUUAAUUUUUUAAUAGAACUAAGGCAAAUAUAUAGCAUGAAAAGAAAACACUAAAAUUGAUUUAGUUUCGAAA